UAUAAAACUUUUUUUUUUUUUUUUUUUUUUUUUUUUUGGCUCUUUAGCAAUUUACACUCUUAUAUUUAUAUAGUUUUUUCUUCGUUCGCUUAAGGCUAAAUGUCAAAACGAGAGUUUCGACCAACAAGUCCCAGACGUCCGAUGUUGAAAUCUGAAGACUCUUCCAGUGGGAAAUUGUUAUUUACCCACGAUUUAGAGCUUUUGCCGCAGGAAACAUCCUUCGGCCCUAUCUACACCUGUUUUUUACCAAGAGCUCACAACAAGGAAAAUGAUUACAAAGACAAAGAAAACAAGGCCACUCAUGUCAAUCGCGCCAAUAAUAGCUAUAUUAAUAGCCCUCUUCAAAACAAUAGCAGCAUUAGCAAUGCUAACAAUAAUGGAAACAAUACCAGAAACACUAACACCGGCCACACCAAUGCUACCCCUGUUGACCUGCAUGCUGCCUUUCAGCCGAUACUACAGGAACUCGAAAAGAUGAAUGCCCACUCAGAAGUGGACCGCAGGGAAACACAAAGAUUGUACGAGGAAUUGCAAAGGGCGGUAGCUUCCUCAAAUGAGGACCGCGAUCGAACAGCUAGACAUCUUGAGCAAUUGGUUAAGUCUAUUGCUGAUAUUCAAGGCGACAGAGAAGCCACGAAAAGAGAGCUUGAGCAUAACAGAAUAGAGCACAAUGAGUUUAGACAAGAUAUCGAUAACCUGUACAGAUACCUCAAGCUAACUACCCCAAGUAGGAACGAACGACGUCUGCAGAGAAUCCCAAGUGGCGGUGCUGUUGAGAUUGUACCAUCCAGUCAAACAGAGGAGGAUGAAAUUGAUGACAACAUUAGUGAAUUCGAAAGCAGAGAUCGAGAUAUUUAAUGAUAUAUAUAUAAAAAGUUUAAUUAAAUAAAAGAUGGUUUUUGAAAUUAA